AUGGAACGAGAUCGAGCCUUGGGUUCAAUCAACAGUCCACCUUGGUUUGAUGGGGAAGAUUAUUCCCAAUGGAAAAUUAUGAUGAGAGCAUUUUUGUACUCUCAAGAUGAAAAUAUGUGGAAGAUUGUUGAGACAGGGUGGGUUCAUCCAACCAAACCUGAAAAUUCUAAGGCUACUGAGUCUUCGGGGGCCAAAAUGAUUCCUAAACCAAAGGAAGAGUGGAGUACGGAAGAGGUCCGUGAUUGUAAUCAUGAUUUUAAGGCUAGGAAUAGUUUAUUCACUGCCUUAUCAAAAAAGGAAAGGGUUAGGAUUAGUCAUUGUGAGACUGCUAAGAAAGCUUGGGAUCUUCUCCAGGUUACUUAUGAGGGCAAUAAGAGAGUUAGAGCACAAAAGCUUCAGAGGUUGGUCCUAGAAUUUGAGAACAUGACAAUGGGGAAUGAUGAGUCAGUUGAUGACUUUCAUGCUAGACUUAUCAAUGUGACAAGUCAGUGUCAUAGCUUAGGUGACCCAUUUGAAGAACAUCGUAUUGUUAAGAAGUUCCUUAGAUCUCUUCCACCUAGCUUUCAGUCCAAGCAAACAGCCAUUGAGGAAGCUCAGGAUAUUGACACAUAUUCUCUAGAUGAACUUGAAGAAGAUGCUAGCACUGAAGAUUUGGAUUACUUGACAAAACAGUUCAAGAAAUUCUUUAAGUCUAGGAACUCCUCUGGUCAAGGGUCAAAAAGUGUUUCUGAGUCUAAUUCAAAACAAGGUCAAGCUUCUGACAACUCCUAUGGGAGGAACUCCAAAAAUAGUAAAUAUCUCCAAAAGAAAAACUUUAGUGAAAAACCUAAAUGUUUUGAGUGUGGUGGGAUUGGUCAUUUAGCGAUUGAUUGUGGAAACAAAAGGUACAACUCACGUGUGGGUAAAGCCUUAAGGUCCACUUGGAGUGAUAGUGAGUUUGAUACUCACUCUGAAAAUGAAGAAGAGAACAUUGCACUUACCUCAACUCUUCAUAAUGAAUCAUCUGAUGAAUCAGACGAUGAGGAGCAUUCAGAUGAAGUGAUGAAUGGUAAGUACAAGGAGCUUUAUGAAGCCUCUAGACAAAUCCUUAAGAAAAAUGAAAAAUUGAGUGAAGAGAUUGUUUUGAUUAAGAGAGAGAAAACGGAGGUUGAAGAGAGAUUGGAGUCUUGUGUAAAAAAAUGGGAGGUUGAAAGGUCUGACUUCGUUAGUCAGAUCAAGGUUUUAGAAGAAAAUUUGAAUGCUCAGGCCACUCUUGCUGGCUCACUUGCUUCUGAAAAAUUAAACCUUGAGCUUGAGUUGAAAGAGUCUCAGCAAAAGUUUUCUAAAUUCUCAAUUGGGUCAGACAAAGUGUCUAGAAUGAUUGGGAUGGGAAAAUCUGAAGGUGACAAAAAAGGCAUAGGUUUUAGUUCUGGUGAGAGCUCUAAAUCUUUGAAAUUUGUGAAGAGUUCAGGUUUCCUUCAACCUGAAAAUGUCAAUGAUAGAAGAGGCAGAGAGUUCAGUUCUAGUGAGCAUGAUAGACGUUCAGAUUUAGCAAAGAAUUAUGUUUUUCCUCAACUUGGAUAUCAUUCUUUGUCUAGAAAGUUCACCCCUAUUUGUCACCAUUGUGGAACUCCAGGUCACAUCAGACCUAAGUGUAACUAUCUUCGGAGAAAUGCACAAAGGGUCUGGACUCCUAGAAAGAGUAAUCAAAACCUCUCUCUGCAGACAAAGUUGAAAGAACACUUGAGAGAAAUUGGCAGGAUUGCUCACUUGGUUUCAAUCCCAGCGUCCUGUAUGCCUCAGAUGAAACAAAUUUGGAAAAGAAAAGAAUCUCAUCACCCUACGUUUUCUCGUACAGGUGAUUGA